ACUUCCGUUUAUUGCGUUGUCAAAUGUCAAAAAUAAAGAUGUUGCCGGCGAUGGAUAAAUUACGAUUUUCUUUUAUAUUUCUUCUAUUCAUCGUAAUAAAAUGUGAAAGCAUCAGUGUUGAUACUAUAUCCAGUGACAUUAGAUUUAAAAAUGUCGACAGAACAAUUGAUAUAUCGUCACAACUUGUGAAAAUCACUUCGAAACUAACCUUGGAGAACACAGGGGGUACGCCGGUAAAGAAUUUCUUAUUAGCCAUAGAAGAGUUCGCAAAGAACAAUGUUGCAUUUGUCGGAGCCAAGGACAGUAGUAGCAAAGAUCUCAGACUUGUUGAAACAACUGUGAAGGGUCAUGAUCAAGUCAGAUUCUGGCGUGUCGAUCUGAAAGAUUCCGUUAACGCCGGCUCAACAGCCACGGUUACCGUAGAAACUGUUCUCACCAAGGCUCUGCAACCCUAUCCCACAGCUAUCACUCAGCAAGAAGACCAACUAGUCAAAUUUAAUGGUAACUUGUACACGUAUUCGCCUUACCUUGUUGCUUCCCAGAAAACUAACGUCAUUGUCAACACAAAGAGCGUCGAGUCGUUCUCUAAAGUAAAGCCAUUCUCUCAACAAGAUGGUGCAAUUCAGUAUGGUCCUUACCCUAACACUAAGCCUUUCAGUGAAAAGGAAUUAGUGAUUCACUACAGGAACAACUCUCCUUUCUUGACUGUGACUCGCGUCGAGAGGUUGAUUGAAGUGUCCCACUGGGGCAACAUUGCUGUUGAGGAGGUUAUUGAGAUUGAACAUAGUGGAGCUAAACUGAAGGGUCCAUUCUCUCGCUAUGACUACCAACAGGACCAUCACAGUGGGCCUGCCAGUGUCAGGUCAUACAAAACUCUACUGCCUGCAUCUGCUUCAGAUGUCUACUACAGAGACACCAAUGGCAACAUUUCUACUUCCAACAUGAAGGUGAAGAAGGAUUCAGUAGAAUUGGACCUGAGACCUAGAUACCCAUUGUUUGGAGGAUGGAGAACUCACUACACACUUGGAUACAAUGUUCCCAGCUAUGAAUACUUGUACCACACUGGUAAUGACUACUUACUGAAAAUGAGGAUCAUUGACCACAUCUUUGAUGACAUGCAAGUUGAUGAGUUAGUCACCAAGAUCAUUUUGCCUGAAGGAUCAACAAGUGUGAAAGUGAACCUGCCUUAUGCAGUGACCAGACUGCCCGACAGCCUUCAUUACACCUACUUGGACACGAAAGGACGUCCAGUAAUCUCAUUCACAAAGAAGAAUGUUGUUGAGAACCACAUCCAAGACUUCCAGCUGCGCUACACAUUCCCGCGUCUGCUUAUGUUACAGGAGCCUCUUCUUGUUGUGGGCUUCCUGUAUGCCUUAUUCCUUUGUGUUAUAAUCUAUGUAAGACUAGACUUCUCUAUUCAUAAGGCUGAACACCACCAUAAAGAUUAAUUAAAUUAUUUCCACUAAUUAAUAUAAUUACUACAUUUAUAGUUUCCAACACAUCUAGUUUGUGUGCAUUUUUAUGGUGUAGCAAUGUUAUGUGCUGAAUACAAGUGAUUUUAAUUAUAAA